AUGGCAUCGUUACUAUCGAGGCGUGCCUCGCAUAUCCUACUCGUCCUCCUCGGCCUCUUUCUAGCAGGUACCAUUGUCGUCCUCACCACCGCCAAUGCCUACUUUUCCAUCGACACCUCGGCCUACAUUUUGCCCCAAGAACUGGGCACCUGGGAGCAGAUCCAAUCCGGCGCUUCUCCAGAUGGUCCAGAUGGCCGCGACGCUCGCAUUCCAUGGCUCAACAAACUCACCUAUCACAAUUCCAGCGCGAACCCCAUCGCUUCCCAUUCAGCUUCCGUGCUUGAUGCCAACGAGCUGGUGGCUAGACCCCAGCCGUGGCGCGACAACACGCCCAAGCAGUGGGACCCCAGCAAUCCAAAGGAAAAGAUCCCACGCAUCAUUCAUCAAACUUGGAAGGACGACCAUCUUCCACCGAGGUGGCAGGCCAUCCACGACGAGUGUGCCGCCAUGCAUCCCGACUACGAAUACAUGCUCUGGACGGAUGCCGACUCGCGCAAGUUUAUCGACGAGCACUACCAUUGGUUCAUCAACGUCUUUGACGCUUAUCCGUACCCGAUCCAGCGCGCCGAUGCGAUCCGCUACUUUGUGCUCCACCACUACGGCGGUAUCUACAUGGAUCUCGACAUUGGCUGUCUUCGCCGUUUCGACCCGCUGUUGCGAUUCGAGGUCAUCUUGCCCAAAACCCAUCCCGUCCACCACCAGUACCUGACCAACUACCCCACCGUCAUGUUCUCCACCGGUCCCAUGUUUGUUUCGGCGUCGUAUGGCUUGUACGUCGACGUUCACGGUCCGGCGUACCCUAGCACGCCCAAGCAACCCGAGGCGGGCUUCAAAGGCGUUCGCGUCCUGCCCAAGAGUCUGUACGGCAAAAACGUCAAGCCGGCCGAUGCCCCCGACGCGUUCUUCUCGCACUUCUACGGCUCCAGCUGGCACGCCAACGAUGCGGGCUUCCUCAUCUUUUUGCGCAAGUACGGCAGAUUGCUCAUCUUGGUCGGUGUCGGCGUGGUGCUGUAUGGACUCUUGCGCACGCUGCUGCCCACGUUGCUGUGGAGAUUGGGAGGCUACAAGGGUAGCUUUGGACGCGCCUCGAGACGCUCGGCUCGCGAACCGGGGCGAUGGAUCAGUCUUGCGAUCGGCACUUCACAAUCGGUUUCGAGACGUCGGUCGAAACGUCGUUCGAUAUCUACGGCUGAUCACGACGAGAGCGUGGCGCUGCACGCCAUGGCGCACCACGAGACGGUGGCGAGCACUUCGGCGGCGAAUCCGGGCCGACUGUCGAUGCCUGCGCCGCGGCCGACGCGGCUGAGCCUGCCGCUCUUCCAACUGCAAGACUCGGAGCCGAUGAAUGAUGCACCACCGCAGUCGGUGCUGGCAUGGAUGGGGCAGACGCUCUCGCGCCCGUCGUCGCGCAACGAUAGCAUGCGCGAGUUGCAGGCGAAUGCGCGUACCGAUAGUCCGAGCAAGAAGAAGGGCAUCCUCUACCUGCCUGCCUACUUUGUACGUGGCGACGAUGCGUCGAGUUCCGGGAGCCAGCAAUUGAGUCCGAGCAGCAGUGCGAGCUCGCAACAGCUACAGUCGAAUGCGGUUGCGCCCAACUCGGCGGCGUCGCCAACGCACAGUCUGGGCCAGUGGGCAUCGUCAUUGUUACCCGCGAAUUGGCGCGGUCCUAGUCCUGCGCCUAGUCACGCUUCUAGGCGGUCGAGGAUGAGUCAGGAUGUCGAUGUUGAGAGCCUGGGGUCCAAUGCUGAUGCUGAUGCUGACGACGACGACCAUGAUAACUGGACCUCCCAGUGUGCGUCCGAACAGGACCCGUUAAUCCAUCCGUCUCUCUUCAGUCGCGCUUCGUUGGACGCUCGUUCCGAGGACCCCGCUUCUCACUAUGCGCCUCCACCGUACGUGCAUGCACAAGCGGCGUGCGUGUCCGCAGAAAAGCCGCGACCAUAG